UAGAAACCGUUAUCACUGGUGUGUUAUUUCGGUGAGCCUGAAGGAGGUUUGUCUGGAGAUAGCAGACACCAUGUCCUCGGUGAGGGCGUUGAGGGUUGUAUUGCGGAGUGGGUCCCGGCUACUGCAGGGUCGGAGCUCAGGGAAACCUCUGGUCAGGAGAGCUGGUGGUGGGGCCCACAUUGAACCCCAGUAUCGACAGUAUCCACAACUGACCAAGAGUCAAGUACUGCAGGCCGAGUUUCUCAGUGGUUUCAUGUGGUUCUGGAUUUUCUGGCACCUAUGGCACGAUCCUGAUGCAGUCUUUGGUCAUUUUCCUUAUCCUGAUCCCUCCAAGUGGACCGACGAGGAGCUGGGUAUCCCUCCAAUUGAUGAAGACUAACUUGAUCCUGCUUUCCUGAAAUAUGUUUCCUUUGUGGGCGUUUCUGGGGAAGUCCAUCUGACACUUGGAGAGACCACUUUAUUGUAAAUUAAAUUGGAAUAAAUAUAUUUUACCUGGAUAGUCA